GCUCCCUGCCCCUUGCUUGGAGAAAGGACCAGGCCUCUUAGAAACUCUGCCCCUGAAAUGAACAUUCAUUUCCUCCCGUGGGCGGCUGAGCUCUGUCUCCAGAAGGGAUUAAUUUCCCCUUUAAAAGGGCUCUGGGGAGGGCUGCUGGGCAGGGGGUGUGCCCAGGUGUCAGCCCUGCCCCGGGGUGCAAGGUUGUCCCUGCUGCAAGCUGCCUGGAGCCCUGAGGGGAGGAGGAGGGAGCCCAAGGGCCAGGCGUGUCCCCAGGGGGUCCCGGAGCUGAGGCAUCAGCGCUCAGACUUCACCUGCGACGGGCUGUGGCCAGGUGGACCGAGGGGCCGGGAAGGGACAGCUUCCCGAGAACUAAGCACAGAAGAGCCGGAAGUUGUACAGUGCCGGAUCCUAUGAAUCAGAUCUGAUAGAAGAAAGUGGUUACAUAUGAAUUCAAGUCAUGGCUGCCGACCAGUGUGAGGGGCACCGGGGCCGCAUGGCGUCCAGGCCCACAGAGCCGGUCACCAUCCUCAGCCUGCGCAUGCUCAGCCACUCGGGCCCGGAGCCACCGCCCCAGAAAGCUGCGCCCCCGUGCCCUCCCUCGUCAGAGCCCAAGACGUUCACGGUGGAGGACGCGGUGGAGACCAUCGGCUUCGGGCGCUUCCACAUCGCCCUGUUCCUGAUCAUGGGCAGCACCGGGGUGGUGGAGGCCAUGGAGAUCAUGUUAAUCGCUGUGGUGUCCCCUGUCAUCCGCUGUGAGUGGCACCUGGAGAACUGGCAGGUGGCAUUCGUGACCACGAUGGUGUUUUUUGGCUACAUGGUGUCCAGCAUCCUCUUUGGGCUCUUGGCUGACAGAUACGGCCGCUGGAAGAUUUUGCUCCUCUCCUUCCUGUGGGGCGCCUACUUCUCUUUGCUGACCUCCUUCGCACCUUCGUACGUCUGGUUCGUCUUUCUGCGGACCAUGGUGGGCUGCGGCGUGUCCGGCCACGCACAAGGGCUAAUUAUAAAGACUGAAUUUCUGCCCACAAAAUAUCGAGGCUAUAUGCUUCCCUUGUCUCAGGUUUUCUGGCUUGCGGGCUCCCUGCUCAUCAUCGGCCUGGCCUCCGUGGUCAUCCCCACCACUGGGUGGCGCUGGCUCAUCCGCAUCGCCUCCAUCCCGGGCAUCAUCCUCAUCCUGGCCUUCAAGUUUAUUCCCGAGUCUGCUCGGUUCAACGUCUCCACCGGGAACACCCAGGCUGCCCUGCGCACCCUGCAACGCAUCGCCUCGAUGAACCGUGCCGUCCUGCCGGAGGGGCAGCUGCUGGAGCCCGUGCUGGAAAAAAGGGGAAGAUUUGCAGACCUGCUGGAUGCUAAAUAUUUACGGACCACAUUACAGAUCUGGGUCAUAUGGCUGGGAAUCUCUUUCGCCUACUAUGGGGUCAUCCUGGCAAGUGCAGAGCUGCUGGAGCGGGACCUGGUGUGUGGGGCGAAGUCGGAGUCCCAGGAUGUGCACAGCGUGGACUCAGAGGGCAUCCAGAGCCCCUGCUACUGCCACCUGUUUGCCCCCUCUGACUACCGGACCAUGAUCAUCAGCACCCUUGGGGAGAUUGCUUUGAACCCUUUAAACAUCCUGGGCAUCAAUUUCCUGGGAAGACGGUUGAGCCUUUCCAUCACCAUGGGAUGCACGGCUUUAUUUUUCCUUCUCCUCAAUAUUUGUACUUCCAGCGCUGGCCUCAUCGGCUUCCUCUUCAUGCUGAGAGCCCUGGUGGCCGCCAACUUCAACACCAUCUACAUUUACACCGCCGAGGUCUACCCCACCACGAUGCGCGCCCUGGGGAUGGGGACCAGCGGCUCCCUGUGCCGCAUCGGGGCGAUGGUGGCGCCGUUCAUAUCCCAGGUUCUUAUGAGCGCAUCCUUCUUGGGAGCCCUGUGUCUUUUUUCAUCUGUCUGUGUUGUGUGUGCCGUUUCUGCAUUUACUCUUCCCAUCGAGACCAAAGGACGGGCCUUACAGCAAAUUAAAUGAAGACCUGCAAAGCUGGAUCUACCAGGGGAGAUCAUUUUCAUGGAGCUGUGGCACAUUUAAAAAACUUGAUUUUAUUUCUCUGUGCUACUUGGUAGUUAAUAAACUUACCUAUUUAAAAGAAUAAGGUGCACAUGGGAAUGCAGCUGGGCAGCUGUUCACAUACUGUCACCCGAGGGGGGACCAAUGUAAACUUUCAUAAAAAACGCUGUGAGACGGAAAAGGCAGUAAAUGCACAUUGUUGGA